AUGUCUGAAGAGAACAACAGCAACCAGAGCAACCCUGGCUUCUUUGGAGGUCUCGGUAAUGCAGUGGGAAACACUGCAAAUGGCGCUACCACCACGAUUGGCAACACGCUUGGCGGGUUGGGGAGCGCUGCUGGCGGCGCUGCAGAGGGCAUCGGCCAGACUGUGAGCGGUGCUACUCAGGGGCUUGGCGAUGCAACCAAGGGUCUUGGACAGACUGUGAACAAGGCCGUGGGCUCAGGGGAGCAGAACAAGUCUUAA